AUAGGGACUGGUGACCCUGCUCAUGAGAAGAAGAAUGAGCUCCGUUUGGAACUCGAGAAAGUUCUGUCACGGCCAUCCAACGCGGGGUCCUGGUACAAGUUCGACGUGCUAAGGACUGAGUUGCAGAUGCUAGAGGCGCCGCUGUGUGGCCUCGUCGCACAGCCAGUCGAGCGAAUUUUAUCCGUUCCUUUAAACCCACAGGACCAGUGAGGAGACACGAGACCUCACCAGAUGUGGAAACCAGUAGAUUGGGUUGCGUCUAAACAAGUCUAGUUUUGCGAUGACUUUUAUAGAGUAUCUGAUCUGCAUCUCAACCUAUAUGAUAAUGCCCACUGUUUGUAUACUGCAUGUUAAACUUUGUAGUAACACACAGUUCUGUAAUAGUUGCAUCUCAUCUUAUUACAAAAGUAGUCAUGCUGCAAAGGUUGGUGUUUGUUUCUACAAGGUAUCAAUCUCAUCUAUCAAUUUGCAAUCUUUGUUAUUAGGCGUUAAUAUCUGCCUAACAUUUCAUGAUUUAGAGAAAGUUUAAAUUUUGAAUGAUGUCUUUUCUAAAUGCUGCCAUGCAAACCACGUCUUUCUACCCUUUCUACCUUUUCUACCUUUCGCAGAUGAAAACACUGUUUACAUCUUCAACUGAUGCACAUCCUUACCCUUACAAUAUACAUUGAUGUGACGUUUGGGAUAGAAUCAUUAUUUGCUUUUUGCUCACCAAACAAUACACGUUAUAUAUGUACGUUAGAAUACAUUUGUACUUUUGUUUCAAAUUAGGUGCGGACCAGCAAUAAAUAGUCGGAGGGUUAAUGACUUAGAAUAAAGCAGAAUGCAAAAACAAUAAAAUUCACUAUUACUUUUAUUACUAUUACAGAAAAACACGAAAGACACUAUUGACUUUGGAUCAAAAUUUCCACUUUGCACCAGGAGGUUGCCUGUUAAAUUUGAACUUGUGUUUGUAUUCAUAUUUACGUGAUUGUGACAUUACACACAUGCAAAAACGAAUAGCAAACCAUGGGUUUCACAGUGUUUCUGGCUUAACCAACCGGCAUUGUGGCUAUGGCACAAGAAUCCUAUCACACUUCACCACACUGAUUAUCAAGAGCUUUCAUAAUGUUACACAAGUUAUACUAGUCACAGGACAACACCGUGGUGUUUGUUCUACUGUACAAGCUUCUGUAGCUGGUUAACGUUAACGUUGUUCAAAACGCCUUCUAUGACGAGGCAGCCGGGCCUGGGCCAUUUGUGUGUAUAUCACUGUCGCUUUGCUUCCACCUGUGUUGUCAAAAAUCUAAAUGUGUGCUCAUUCUUA